GUAGACCAUCCUUGCCAACCUCCAAUCCGUUCACCCUCAGCCCAGCCCAUCAUGCUUUGCCAACCUCAUCUGCGUCGCGGUGCUUGGGCAUCGCCAGCGCUCUCCCUCUCGCAGGCUGCACAAACUCGUGUCCUCGCGAUCCGCCCUGUCUCACGGUCCUCCCAAUCUUCUUCGCGUUCGCCACAAGCCCGGUCCGCGUCGUCUUGGUCAAUGUCGUGUAUCGGGAGUCGCCUUUCCCCUCGCUCACACUUGACAACCCAAAUGCCAUCGCCAUCUCGUGCACACUUUUGCAGGACGUCUUGUCGCACGGUGGCAGCGUCAUGAUCUGAGGGCCACCGAUGUUCCCAAUGAACCUCCGUAUCUGCUACUCGAGCGAGCUCAUGUGGAUCACCCGGUUGGGGAGUACCGUGAGAGUCGGGUCCAGUCGUGCCGCGGCUUUCAUUGCUUUCCGACCUUUCUUCCCUCCCUUUUUGUGCUGAGCGGGUCCGCCACCGCUGCAAGACGAGCCAGCUCGCGGUGGCGCUUGCACUCGGCCUUCUUGUCCCGGUCACGGUCCCACUGUCCUUGCAGCUCAUCCGAGAUGUCCUGCCGUCCAUGUUUACCGCGCCCUGAGGUUGUGGUUAGUGAGAUGUCAACGAGGGUGGUCAUGACGCACUGGCUGGCAAGUAGAACUCGUCCAACUCAAUCAAGUCAUUGCUGGACAUCGCACUCGAUGGUUUCUUCCAUCCACGCCGGCCAGUACUCCCCAGGAUGUCUUGUAGAUGGUCAGCAAGCGGCAGGAGACGAAUAGAAAACCCCGCACCUCGAGCUCAGCCCAGUUUGCAUCGGUAAAGGGACCUUGCAGGUCAUCCUCUUCAUCAAACUUGAUGUCAUCCAUCAGCUCGAGACCGUCGUCGACGUGUCUGGAAUGUGCGGCUUUGCGCACUCGUUCCAUCCGGGCUUGAGACCCAACCCGGGGGCUUUGGUCAAAGCCAUUGUCUUCGCUGGAGUCCUCCUCAUCCUCUUUGCUGAGGUCCUCCUCAUGGCCGUCGCUCUCCCCAAGCAUAAGAUCUUCCUCUGUAUCCAUUGCCGAAUCCAGAUCCUCAUCCUCAUGAUCCGGACCCCCCUCACUGCCUGCAUCCCCGUCGUCACUGCUGCUCCCCGCACCGCCUUGUUCGUCGUCUUCAUCCCGCAUUCUCUGCUCGAUAGCCGGAUCUUCCAUCGUCUUCCAUUCUCCAUUCAUGCCGCUCGCAAAGCUACACAUUGCGGUAACAUCGAGCUCAAUUUUUGGGUCCACCAGCAUGCCAUGAUCCUCGGCGUCACCCUCCCCGUCCGAGUCACCCCAAUCCAAAUCCGAAUCACCCCUCCGGUGUUCCUCCCACCGCUCAUCCUCAUCCUGCAGUCUCACUUCCUCCGCCCUCGCUCCAAAGGGUCUGAAAGACCGCCCAGCUCUUGCGCGUUUCUGCGCCCGCCACGGGCGCGAGGCCCUAGUCCGCGUUUGUUUUUCUCGGGCUCGAACCUGCGGUCUCAUAUGCUGCUGCACAUCGUGCUAUUUGCGGCAUCACGCAUACCGCGCUGCUGUCCGCUUACCUCAAGCGCACCGAUCGCACACUCAAUCACAUGCACUCAACAACUCCCAAUGACCGCGACUGCUGAACGCAACUGGGGAGUCGGCUCGCACAGGAACGGGGCGUGGGAGUUGGAUGCGUGAAUGGGCGGAGCACGAGAGUGCAUGGGGCGCAGCUUCAGAGGCACCAGAGGAUCGCGUUCAUCGUGCAUCUUGCAAUCAGACGCAGGCGCGCCUCAUGUACAGUCAGUGCAUUUCAUGGCGCUCUCAUUGCGCCGAUCGCGCACCCGCAACUCCCACUGAUCGACUUUCGGCAACCGGAUCAACUAACAAGACUGAGGUUAUGGGGGUAUGGGAGCAGGGAGUCGGAUGGGCGAGCGAGCAGAGUGGAUGUGCGCAAGUCCGCAGUGAUCAGAACAACUCGAGCAUGCGCUCGUCCAGGAGGAAUGGGGGGAGGGGGUGGAGCGCUGGGGCCAUGUGGACGAGCAGGUCCGCAGCUGAGUUUCUUCGUCGGUUAGGCUUCUACGGCCAGAGCCUGGAACAAUGCGCCAAGCUGUCGACCGGGAAACCGCUCUUCGACCUCUGCAACCUGCACCGCAAGUGGCUGCAAAUCUACGCCGAGGAGGUUCUAACUGCGGGGCUCAAACGACCUUCUUACCCACAGCAACCGCGGCAGUCGACGGAAUCGCACUACGAACCGAAUGAGCUGAGACAGUCGGCGUUGAUCAUCAAUCUUUUGGAAGGGGCCUACAGCGUCUCACUCGGAGUCAUCUACGACCCUAGCAUGUUCGAUCAGAAAUUGAUCGCGUCUCUCAAGGCGGACUUUGAGCAGAUCGUGGCGCAAGCCAUGGCAGAGACUUCGUUCGAUCUCAAACCGCUUCUGGGUAACCACAUCCCGUGUCCGUUGCCAUCUGUCAACGCCAGUGAUGUGGACAAGGUCAGCAAGCGCCGUUUCCAUGUCAUAUUCAAACACCAGGCCGCUCGUAACCCCGACGGGCUUGCCAUGACUUGCGCGGAGCGAGAGGAGUCCAUGACUUACGGAGAGCUGAAUGAGCGCGCGAAUCAGAUGGCAAACGCGCUGUGUCAGCUGGGAAUGCAGCACACACAUGUCGUCCUGUUGCGCUUGCGGCGGGGCUUCUCCACGUUGUGCUGGAUCCUGGCUUUCCUCAAGGCCGGUGCGACCUACGCCAUCGCUGAUCAAGGCCACCCUCUCAAACGGAUGCGCAGUGCGAUGACGGUCGCCGAGCCCGACCUCGUUGGAGAUGACGGAAUGGGGAUCGAAGUGGGCCUCUUCUCGGGGACUCUCAAGAUCCUGCGCACGCAGACCUGCGCUUUGGACGUGUUUCCAAAAGAGAAUCUGAACGAAGUAUCGCAAGACGAUGUCCUGGCGUAG